UACUCAACAGUCACGGACUGCUAAAGUUGAGGUUAUAUUCGGUUACAUUUUAAUUGUUUUGAUACGUUUGGGAAGUAUCGGAAUAUUAAACUAUAGUCGUUGCUCGAGACAAUGUCUCAUUUCAAGUUAAUAUCGUCAACAAAGGCGUCCGAUGUUAUCCCCGUAAAUAAAUAUGUAUCUGAAAAAACUGGUCUAACCGUAAUCAUUGCGGAUGUGGAAGGUCCCCUUGUAAAUGGAUUUUUCUGUCUUGCAACUGAGGCUCAUGAUGAUGAUGGGCUUCCACAUACAUUGGAACAUCUUAUUUUCCUCGGCUCUAAGCGGUAUCCCUAUAAAGGAGUGUUGGAUCUGCUAGCCAACCGAUGCAUGGCGCAUGGCACCAAUGCUUGGACAGAUACCGAUCACACUUGUUAUACAAUUUAUACUGCGGGUGACGAGGGGAUGUUGACACUGCUGCCUAUAUACUUAGACCAUAUUUUGAGACCUACACUCACUGAUGAAGGGUUCAUAACUGAAGUUCAUCAUAUUGAUGGUGAUGGAGAGGAUGCUGGAGUAGUCUACUGUGAGAUGCAGGGUAGAGAGAAUACAGCUGAUAGCAGAUGUGAACUGAAGCUGCUGCGAACCAUGUAUCCUAACAGUGGAUACUCUUCUGAAACAGGAGGCAUUAUGGCCAACUUGAGAACAUCUACUGAUAAUACUAAAGUAAGAGAUUUUCAUAAAAAAUUCUACCGUGCUGAGAAUUUGACAGUCAUACUAACAGGACAAAUUGCAGCAGAUGAUGUGUUCAAAGCACUGGCUAUAGUUGAAGAUGACAUAAUAAGCAAGAGAAAGGAAGAGCCGCAAGAAGAUUGGGUGAAACCAUGGAGGACAAUCCCUCCACUGCCUAAGUUUGAAGAAUACAAAGAACAAUGGCCAGCAGACACCGAGGAUUGUGGACAGGUACUGUUCGGAUGGCGCGGGCCGCUGCUGUCUGAGCCGCAGUCCCACAAGGAGUUAACUGGCUGCGCCGUGCUAUUGCGCUACCUGUGCGAUACUGCGGCCGCACCGCUGCAACGUCGCCUCGUCGAGCGCGAGGACGCACUGGCUGGAGACGUCUCCUACAAUCUAACAGAAAACUUAGCGUCCCUAAUCAAAAUUGAACUCGACAAUGUACCAAUGGAUAAGUUAGAAGCAGCACGGGACGAAGCACGUACAUGCCUGAAGAGUGUAAUCGAAGGUGCUGAGCCACUGGAUAUGGAGAGACUGAAACGAUUGCUCAAGAAACAGCUGCGUGAGGCGCUGGCUAGCCUUGAGUCGGACCCGCAUCACGCUGUAGCAUUUAGAUGUAUUGGAGACGCGUUGUAUUCGCAAAGCGAACAAGAUUUCUUUGCACGAAUGAAUCCCCAAAAAGCUCUAGCUGAGCUUUUAGAGGAGAGCAGUGACUACUGGCUCACUCUGCUGCGGAAAUACUUCACAGAUGACGUCAUCACAAUUGUGGGCUCGCCCAGCAUUGAAUUACAAGUCAAAAUGGCGGAAGAGGAAAAGAAUAGGUUAGAAACACAAAGAGCUCAACUCGGAGAAAGUGGUUUAGCUGAGAAAGCUAAGCUGUUGCAAGAAGCUAUGGAAUUCAAUGAGCGCAGCCCGCCACCGGGCACACUGGCUGCGGUGCCUGUGCCGUCGUGCGAGCGGCUUCACUACCACUCGGUGAGCGGCUGGAACUCCGCCUCCCGGGAACAGUGUCCACACCUCGACCUCGCAGAUCUGCCGCUCUACGCGCGCGUCUACAGCCUCACCACCAACUUCGUAUAUAUAAGUUUAAUCUUCGAUACAACAUCAGUAGACCAAAAGACUCGCAAAUGGAUCCCACUGCUCCUCAACGGAUUGGCAGAAUGCCCAGUGCGGCGCGGAGACAAGCUGGUGCCUCAUGAGGAAGUCAUAUCCACCACGGAACAGCUCACCGUCAUGUUCAGCAACGAUAUAGGCUUCGGCAAGUCGGGCAACUUCACAGUCGGAACUUACGGCAAUUUCAUUUUAAUCGAAACUAGGUGUGAACCGCAGGAUUACGAGGAAGUUGUAAAUCAUCUUUAUGAAAUUCUGUACUCCGCUGAAAUUACGAAGGAAAGAUUGCUAGUAUUCGCACAGAGAAUGAUCAAUGACGUCGCACAGGUUCGUAGAAAUGGUCACAAAAUGGUGUACGAUGUAUUACGAGAUUCACUGUAUUGCAAAGACAGCAAUGUACACUGGUGCACAGUUCUUCGCCAGCAGAAAUUCUUAAAGGAGCUUGUGGAACAGCUGAAUGCCGGUGGAGAUUCAGCGGAGGCAGCUAUCAAUGAUGCAAAAGAGUCAUUUAGAAUCUUUACAGAAAACGCUUGGUUACAUCUCGCGGCCGAUUUCGACAGAUAUAAGUUAAGCACAGAACCAUGGAAGAGAUUCGGAAGAAGCAAUGAGAUUAUUCCAUCUGAGCCGCGCCUGUACUGGGACUCUGAGCUGAUGUCGGGGUGGGGCGGCGGGUGCGUGGUGGGCGUGGGGGGCGUGGAGUCUUCGUUCGCGGCGCGGCUGUCGCCCGGGCCGCGCGGCUACGCCCUCGCUGAAUUCGCUCCCCUGCUCGUCGCACUCAACUACUUCACGCAGCUCGAGGGUCCGAUGUGGCGCCUAAUUCGCGGCGGUGGUCUGUCGUACGGGUACGGCAUGCGGCCGUCGCCCAACGAGAGCUGCCUCGUGUUCUCACUGUACCGCGCCACCAACGCCGUCGCCGCCUACACCAAGGCUAAGUCCAUAUGUGAAGAAUUUCUAGCGGGUGGCAAAUUUGAUGAUGAUUUGUUUGCGUCCGCCAAAAGUACAGCGUUGUUCGAAGUAGUGGAGAACGAAAAGUGUCCCGCCGAUGUCGUCCGGGACUCCCUACAUAACUUUGUCGGACACUCGCCCGAUACAUUUAACAGAGACCUGAUAUGCGCAAUCGCGGCGGUGACCCCAGAGGAAGCGCAGGCCGCGGCGGCGCGGUGGCUGCCGAAGCUUUUCGAUCCGGAGUUGGGUAAAUUCGCCCUCGUGUGCCAUCCCACCAAAGUGAACGAUUUGCAGGCUUCCUUUGAUAAGAUAAAUGUGAAAUUGGAUGCAUUUGAAUCGAUGGAGUUAUCCCAUUUCAACAAAUAAACAUAAUUAUAUUAUUACAAUACUCUAUCGAUACAAAAACGUAUAAAGUUGAAGUUUUAUAUCACGUAUUUUUUAGUAAUUUAAGUAAAAAACCGUGCGCGGUCGGCGGUCUACCGUCAGGAACGAAGUUUUUCAUGUUAUCUUUUUUUCAAAUUCAGUACCUGAAUUGAACCUAAACCACAUUUAAUAAGAUAAUCUAUUUUUGUGUAAUGUUUUUAGAAAUGAGAUAUACAGCUGACCUUGCACAAUGGCUACUAAUCGAAUCUCGAUACCCCUCACGCGCACGCAGAUUAAUAAUAAAUAAAGAGCGAAAAAUCGCUCGGAGAGAGCAUACCUUUUUUACCUUUUGUGGCGAUUUGUAUCAGUUGGUAUGUUCUAAUACAAAUCUAUAUAAGGUAAGAAAGGUAUGCCUGCAUAAGAACUUCGUUCCAAAAAUCGUAAAAUACUUAUCGCUUGGCUGUGCCUUACUUUUAUGCAUACAAUAUUAUAUAAUUUUAGUGGCUAUCUCACGUAUUAAUAUAUUUGCAAA